AUGGCCAAGGAAAAGACUGCCAAGAAGACCCAAACCAAGAAGGUCUCUCCCUACAACAAGUUCAUGAAGGAGGAGCUUGGUAAGGUCAAGGCUGCCAACCCCGGUAUUGCCCACAAGGAGGCUCAAAACUGGGCUACCUCUCCCGAUAACCCAAAGAGAAAGAACGCUGAAGCCAAAUAA